UUCUAAUGUGGGGGAUUAGGACUCUUCUAACACGAUAGGGAUUUUCAUUUUGUGACUUUCGAGGAAAAGUGUAAAACAGUUACAAAGUUUGGCUUGAAGUCAGUCGAGCGAUCUGUGAAUUAGCCACCUUUCUUCUCCUCCACCAGGUGUCACCGAACAUCUGGAGUAGGUACACGUCCAUCAGUUCAUUCAUUCAGUCAGGUUUAUGGGAGGAGGCUCCGUCUCAGCUGCACAUUUGAGGUUUUACCGCAACAACUUUCCACUUUUUAGCUGCGAGACGUUUCUACGUCUUCACUUCAUGGGUGUUGUAAUAAAUACAGAGAAGAGCCAAAAGGGAGAAGACUGUCCGGCGAAUGAGCGUCCGCAGAUCAGCUGCCAUCCGCGUCCUUAGCUGAGGUCCCACAGGCUCCAUCGUUGUCUGCUGACUCGGACACAGAGUCCCCCGCAAUGGUCUUGUCCUCGUCACACUCCUUGAGGCUGAAGUAUACAUCUCUGGGGGUGCUGGUGUUGCAGACUACCUCGCUGGUGCUCACCAUGCGCUACUCCCGCACCCUGAAAGAAGACGGCCCCCGCUACCUGGCGUCCUCUGCCGUGACGUCGGCUGAAGUGCUCAAGAUCCUCACCUGCACCCUCCUCGUAUUUAUGGAGAACAAUUUCAGUCUGCGAGCAAUGAACCAGCUGCUGAAGGUGGAGAUUGUGAACAAGCCCCUGGAGACCAUGAAGUUGGCCAUUCCUGCAGGGAUCUACACGCUGCAGAACAAUCUGCUCUAUGUUGCUUUAUCAAACCUGGACGCAGCCACCUAUCAGGUCACGUACCAGUUGAAGAUCCUCACUACAGCGCUCUUCUCUGUCUCCAUGCUGGGGAGGAGGUUGGGCCUCUACCAGUGGCUCUCCCUGCUCUUCCUCAUGGCUGGGGUCACUCUAGUGCAGUGGCCCGCUGAGUCUGAGGGUGACUCUGAGCAGAAGAUCCUGUCUGCAGGCUCCCAGUUUGUGGGACUGAUGGCCGUGCUGAUGGCCUGUGUGUCCAGUGGCUUUGCUGGAGUUUACUUUGAAAAAAUCCUCAAGGAGACCAAACAGAGCGUGUGGGUCCGUAACAUACAGCUGGGUUUGUUCAGCUUUGUCUUUGGCUUCGUAGGAAUGAUGGUGUAUGACGGCCAGAGGGUGAGACAGUCGGGAAUGUUUCAGGGCUACAACACUAUUACCUGCACCGUUGUUGCCUUACAGGCUCUGGGCGGGCUGGUCGUAGCAGUGGUAAUUAAAUAUGCAGACAACAUCCUCAAAGGAUUUGCCACUUCUCUGUCCAUCAUUGUUUCCACUCUCAUUUCAUAUUUCCUAUUGGACGACUUUAAUCCCACUGGAGUAUUUUUCAUAGGUACAGCGCUGGUUAUUGCUGCUACAUUUUUUUACAGCUACGAGCCCAAACCCGCCAGUGGCACCGCCGUCAAGGCACUGACUUCUGUGAACUAUGCUACCUGACAGCGGAUACCAUCCAGCAUAGACAGAGCGGGACUCUAUGAACUGUGACAGCAAGUUUGGAAUGUGGAAAUUAAGAAUGCAGGAAAUGUGGAGGUGAUCAAACCUGUUAUAGCCGAUCAACUGACAACUGUUGAGACUGAAUGUGCCCCAUCCGUCCUGUGAAAAAAUACUGCUUUGCAAAAAAGAUGGGGGUUAGUAAUGUGAAAUACAUUUGCUUUGUAGAUGUAUUUUUCUCAAGGGUUUUCUCAUAAAACAAUACCAGGAGUACUUUGGGGCUAACUUGCCAUGUCAACACACAUUGCUGCAGUAGAACGAACAUAAUUUGUGUCUGAGCUAUCUGAUAAAAACAUACUGUACGUGCAAUUUAAAAGUGCCAGGAGGAGAAUCGGAUGAAACCAUGGCCACAUGAAUGUUUGGAAAUUUAUAUUUUAUAGUUCAAUAUGUCAGUCGUGUAAAUUGUAUGUGUUAUAGAAUAUGGGGAAAGGGAUUAAUUUACAAAACAAAAAGGGUGUUAAUGACACUGAUAGCGCCUGUCUCCAAGAGACAAGAUAAACAUGAAAGAGCUUCCAUCUAGUGGUGGAAUGAAAAGCAAACUUGCUGCAAAGAGGAGGGGUUAUCUCUGCUCAAAGAUGCUGAAUGUCCUUUUUUAUAUGAGAUGAGGUAAAAUGGGAUAUGACUGCUUUGACCUUACUGCUCACAGUCUGAGUAUUUAUAUCAAAAGCUCUCAUUCUACUGUAAAUGGGAAAUAAAAGUCUUUAUGCAGGAGCAAAAGAAUAAAUCCA